CACAUAUCAACUUCCGGUCGGGGACAGCGCGUUCGCAGAUUCAUUGUCCGUACAGAGACCGACAGUUACCAUGCCGACCAGAGCCAAACAGGGUGUUGCUCCCGUCUCCAAGCCGCUGAAGGCCAUUACCAGGAGAAGGGAUGAAGAUGACUCCACAGACAUGGGAGACGGAGCUGAUGAGUGGACGCAGGCCAAGACCCUGGUGAAGCCACCCGACCAGCUGGAGUUAUCCGAGGCCGAGAUGAAGGAAGAGUUCACUCGUAUCCUGACCGCCAAUAAUCCGCACGCUCCGCAGAACAUCGUCAGAUACAGCUUCAAGGAUCGGGCCUACAAACCCAUCAACAUCGUGGACCAGCUGGCCGUGCACUUCUCCCUGGACGGGAACAUGUUACAUAAAGACUCAGAUGAGGCGCGGAGACAGCGGGCAAGGAUGGGGGUCAUUGAUGAGACGCUGCCGAGUGACUCCGCUGAGGCUGGAGACAGAGAAACCAUCAAGGACACGAGAGCUGAGUCUGUGGGCACCGGUGAUGAUGGGACUGAGGGUGAAGAACUUUCCGCCAAAACCAGAAAGGAGUGUAAACUGACCAACCAGUUCAACUUCAGCGAGAGAGCCUCACAGACGUACAACAACCCCCUGAGAGAAAGAGCCUCCCAGACAGAACCUCCUCCGCGAGCCACGUUCUCCAGCACCGCCAAUCAGUGGGACAUCUAUGAUGCUUACAUUGAGGAGCUGCAGAAACAGGAGAAGCUGAAGGAGAAGCAGAAAGCUCCUGUCUCUAAGAAGGAGGACGAGCUCCAGUCCAGGAGGAAGGUGCCAGCCUCAGAGUCUCAGAGCGAUGACAUCACCAGGGUGGAAAAAUCCAGUAAAAUAAUGGAGCGUAUGGUGAAUCAGAACACAUUUGAUGACGUCACACAAGACUUCAAGUACUUUGAGGAUGUGGCGGACGAGUUCAGGGAGCAGGAGGGCACGCUGCUGCCGCUCUGGAGGUUCCAGUAUGAGAAGGCCAAACGGCUGGCAGUGACUGCCGUCUGCUGGAAUCCCAAGUACAAGGAUCUGUUUGCAGUGGGACAUGGAUCAUAUGACUUCAUGAAGCAGACCCGGGGGCUGCUGCUUCUCUGGACCCUGAAGAACCCCUCAUACCCUGAGUACAUCUUCAGCACGGAGAGCGGCAUCAUGUGCCUAGACAUUCACAAGGAUCACCCCUACCUGGUGGCCGUCGGCUUCUACGAUGGGAACGUGGCCAUCUUCAACCUAAAGUCCGACUCUCCUCAGCCAAAGUACAUGAGCUCAGCAAAGUCAGGAAAGCACACCGACCCCGUGUGGCAGGUAAAAUGGCAGAAAGACGACCUGGACAAGAACCUGAACUUCUUCUCUGUGUCUUCAGACGGACGAGUGGUGUCCUGGACAUUGAUAAAGAAUGAGCUGGUUCACACAGACGUCAUCAGGUUGUCAGUGGAAAGAUCGAUGCAGGACAGUGUGGAGGGGCUCCAGCUGCAGACACAUGGGAGCGGAACGUCCUUCGAUUUCCACAGACAGAUCGAUUAUCUCUUCCUGGUCGGCACAGAGGAGGGGAAGAUCCACAAGUGCUCGAAGGCGUACUCCAGCCAGUUCUUGGACACGUUUGACGCUCACAAUAUGGCGGUGGACACUGUUCGAUGGAAUCCAUUUCACCCCAAGGUCUUCAUCACCUGCAGCUCUGACUGGACGGUGAAGAUCUGGGAACACAGCGUAAAGAAGCCCAUGUUCGUCUUUGACUUGAACUCUGCCGUCGGGGACGUCGCGUGGGCGCCAUAUUCUUCCACCGUGUUUGCAGCGGUCACUACCGAUGGCAAGGUCCACGUGUUCGACUUGUCUGUCAACAAGUAUGAAGCCCUGUGCCAGCAGGCCGUGGUGGCCAAGAAGAAAACCAAGCUGACUCACAUUGAGUUUAACCCCGUCUACCCCGUGAUUAUCGUCGGGGACGAUCGCGGACAUGUCAUAUGCCUGAAGCUGUCUCCAAACCUGCGCAAAAUGCCAAAGGAAAAGAAAGGGCAAGAAGUCCCUAAAGGUCCCGAGGUGGAAGUGGCCAAACUGGACAAGUUACUGUCCCUGGUUAGAGAACCGGACGACAAACCUGAGAAGUGAUGGAUCCUCGGGGGCGGUGCCUAAUCUUCACAAGAAUCCAGGAAUCUUCUGCUUCUUCUUCUGUUCAUAAUAAAUGUUUGUU